CAAACAUCAUUAUAAUGGAUCCUGCUGAAAAGAGAAUGAAAGACAUUAAAGAAGCUUUUGAUUAGUUUGAUACAGAUAAUAAAGGCACUGUAUCAACCAAAGAAUUAGGUACUUAUAAUUUAAGUUAUAUUUAUUAGCUAAUAUUUUAAAAUAUUUGGGUUAAGAUCCUACUGAUGAAGAGUUGGACAAUUAUAUGAAAGAAUUGGAUCCUGAAUCUACAGGUACAAUUGAUUUCUUGUAAAUGAUGAAAAUUUUAACAAAAGCAGUCAAAGAUGAUGAUACUAUUGAUGAAUUAAUGGCAGUAUAUAAAUAAAUUUAAAUUUCAUUAGUCAUUUCGUGUAUUUGAUGUUGAUAAUACUGGUACUAUAUAAACAGCUGAAAUGAGAUAUAUAUUAAUAGAAAUGGGAGAAAAGAUGACAGCUUAAGAUGUAAAGGAUAUUUUAAAGGAGAUGGAUCCAGAUGAUAGUGGAAUGUGUAAAUAUGUAGACUAUGUUAAAAAAAAAUAUGAAGAUUUAUAAGUUGCAAAGGCUAAGGCUGCAAAACUAAAAGCCAAAAAAAAGAAGAAAUGA